AAAAAAUGUUUGAUGGCGUUUCAUUACAGUGAAAAGUGCAGCUCCAUUGUCUUAGGAAUUGUAAGGAAGACUGUGAAGCGGCAUUUAGUAAAUUGUUUACAAAUGGCGGCUUGACAACUUAGUUGCAGUAGAAGUUCACAAUGGAAAAGACAUCAUUUAGGGAGAUUAAAAACAGAGAUAACGAGGAAGAGAAGGACCCAUUUUUGUGUUCAUGUGGGCCAUGUAGAAAAUAUUGGAAAGACACUUUCAAAGAUGACAACAACCAAAUCACACUCUCCAAAGAAGCAAGAACUGCAUAUACAGCAACACUGUAUGCCCAAAAAGACUUGAUUAAAGUUGGUGAUAGAGUUAAAGUUCAUGGAAAAUAUAAUGGGGUUGUUAAAUACAUGGGUUUAUUGGACGAUAAUGAAAUAGCAGCUGAAACAUAUGUAGGAGUUCAUCUGGAUGAUAAUGUGAAUUCUCCCCACAAUGGGAUUUUUGAUGGCAAGCGUUAUUUUCACUGUCCCAGGGGCCAUGGUGCUAUGGUAAAGUACACAAUGGUCCGAAAGUGUAACCCAGCAGACAGACGACCCCCAGUAUCAGGGAAUCCCAUGUUCCCAAGUUAUAAUGACAUUAAAAAGAGGAGACAACAGAGAACAGAAAAGCAACCUGAUUUAGAUUUUACAAAAGAGUAUGAUAGGUCACUGAGUGGCAGUGCUGAUACAAAUAAAGCCAGAACUGAGAUGAUGGCAGCAAAGGACCCAGUUACUUAUGUCUUUGAUGAACACGACAUGGCUUAUAAGGAUUCCCUCAGGAAACAAAAAGAACUGAAGAAGAAAAGAAGCUCAAUGCAUUGUGAAGCAGAACUUGUAAAUAAUGCUAAACUGGCUGUUAAAAAUCACCAUUUCUCCAAAUGGAAAAAAGAUUUUGGGAAUGACAAUAGAGCUGAACAAAUGGCUCAGACCUUACGUAAGCUACAUGUGGCAUAUGAAAAGGGCAAGGAGUAUGAAAAUACAGAUGGAAAUGAGGACUUGAACUCUGGAGAUGAGAAAGUUGACAAGGAUGAUGACAAGGCCAGUACUAGGAAGUCACAGUCUGCUAAAUCUAUAGCUUCAAGACAUUCUAGAGAUACUAAAGGGACGGUGUAUUAAAAUGUGUAUUAUGAUUCAAAAUGAAAUACUCAUAAACAUGACUUAACAAAUGCUUUUCUAAAAUAAGAGAAUUGUAUUUAUUUAUUUAAAUCAAAAUAAAAUGAAAAAUAUUAAAAAAUACUA